AGGGGGGCACUACAGUACAGGAGAAAGAAAGAGUGUGUGAGGGAAAGAGUGGGGCAGAAAAGAGAGAACGGAUGAAAUAAGGAUGUGGAAGAGUGUGUGUUUAGCGCUACUGUGCGUUGUGCUGACGCACGCUCAGUUCCCACGUCAGUGUGUGACACCAGAAGGUCUGCAGAGUGGCACCUGCUGCCCAUCACCUACUGGACUGCCCAAUGAUGAGUGUGGAUCCAGUACUGGGAGAGGUCAAUGUGUGUCAAUUGCUGCUGACCGCCGCCCACACGGGCCUCAGUAUCCUCACGAUGGGCGGGAUGAUAGAGAACGAUGGCCGCUGAGGUUCUUUAACAGGACUUGCCAGUGUAACGGAAACUUCAGUGGAUUUAAUUGUGGGCGAUGCCGACAUGGCCUGACAGGGCCAAACUGUGAUCAAAGAUCCACCGUGGUGCGUCGUAACGUCAUGCAGAUGUCUACAGAUGAGAAAAGAGCCUUUGUGAACGAUCUGGACCAGGCUAAAAGAACCGUCCAUCCUGACCUGGUCAUCUGUACUCAUCGCUAUCAGGAGAUUUUUGGCCCUGAUGGAACAAGUGUACAGUGUGAGAACAUCACCAUUUAUAAUUACUUUGUCUGGACCCACUACUAUUCGGUCAGUAAGACUUACAUGGGUCCAGGCCAGCAGAGCUUCGGAGGUGUGGAUUUCUCUCACGAAGGACCGGGAUUUGUCACUUGGCACCGGUAUCACCUGUUGCAACUGGAGAGAGACAUGCAGGACAUGCUGCGGGACCCGUCGUUUGCCCUGCCGUACUGGAACUUUGCAAUAGGAGGCAGCGAGUGUGAUAUCUGCACUGAUGACCUGCUGGGAGCCAGAAGCAGCUUUGACACCAAUGGCAUCAGUUCCAACUCUGUGUUCUCUCAGUGGAGAGUCAUCUGUGAGAGUAUGGAGGAGUAUGAGACACUGGGGACCAUCUGCAACAGUACAGAGACAAGUCCAAUCAGAAGAAACCCUGCUGGUAAUGUGGCUCGACCCAUGGUUCAAAGAUUACCACAACCACAGGACAUCAUUGACUGUCUAGAGCUGAACACUUUUGACACGCCACCAUAUUACUCGACUUCUUCUCAGAGCUUCAGGAACACUAUUGAGGGUUACAGUGCUCCCCAGGGAAACUAUGACCCAGUAGUGAGGAGUCUGCACAACCUGGCUCAUUUGUUUCUCAAUGGCACAGGUGGACAGACUCACCUGUCACCAAACGACCCCAUCUUUGUCCUGCUUCACACGUUCACUGAUGCCAUUUUUGAUGAAUGGCUUCAGAGACACACUGCUGCAGGCACAGUGGUCUAUCCUGAGGAAAACGCUCCAAUUGGGCACAACAGAGAGUUCAAUAUGGUUCCUUUUUGGCCACCAGUCAGAAAUGCUGAAAUGUUUGUCACCGCCCCAGAAAACCUGGGCUACACCUAUGAGGUUCAGUGGCCAACUCGGUCAUACACUAUUUCAGAGAUCAUCACCAUAGCCAUUGUUGCAGUGGUGCUUGUUGUGGUUGUGAUGGGCGGAGUCAUCGGGUGUGCUGUUCGGGCACGUUCUUACCGCUCAGCUGAGGGCCUGGAGCCACUGCUAGGGGAACAGUUCAGGCGUUACUCAGAGGAUGAGCGGCAUGCUUCUCAGUCUAUGGUGUGAUUGAGAAACUAAAAAAACAAAAAAAACACACAUCUUAAAUGUUUUUAUUUUGUUGCACUGUGCAUCCACACUGUAGACCUACUGAAGGAGUCUGAAUUAUUCAUUAUUAGCAUUCAAAAGCAUUGUAAAAGUGUCUAGCGAGACACUGAGAAUACAGUCAUAUGUGCCAUUUAAUGUGUCAUUUUAAGUUGAUGCACUGCUUAUGAAUGCCCUAUGAACACAUGACUUAAGUUUAUUGUACAGUGUGACCUAUUUUAUAUUACUCUGAUAUAUACUGUAUAUAUAAAUGUCAAAAUCCAUUAUGGUUAGAUUUUUGUGUACUUUCAAUUUUAUUUAACAAUGCAGAUGAUUUAGCAGCAACUGAGUUUCAACAUGCAUGAAUAUUACAAAAUAAAAUUGUAA